AUGUUAACAGAUGUGGCGAAUUCCCUAUUACAAAUCUAUCAAAUUAUCAAAGGAUCUCCCAACAACAGCAUUAAACAACAUCAGCAGCAUCAACAGCAACACCAGCUACAACAGGAUAAAACUAACGAUUAUGGCGAAACAAAUGAUGCGCCCGGCUCAUCGAAUGACACCGAUACGCAUGGUAGCGUCGGUGUGUCGACACUGCCUGCAGCAGCGCUAUCUCUGUCAGCAACAGCCGUAGGCAGCACACCGCCGAGCAGCGCUGAAGCGACAAAUACCAACAAUUUCACUUAUUACAAGGGCGCCGUUGAAACGGCGGCAGCAACGGCUGUCACAGCUGCAACGCAAAGACAUGCUGUCGCAGCAACGCCACCACUACCACGCCCAUCACAAUCGUUGCCGCCAUCAUCAGCUGUGGCGGCCUCAUCAGCAACAGGGCAUUAUCCACCACCACACCAGCAACACUAUGCCACGAGCAACGCAGUGACGCCAUUGUCGGAUGCCUUUCACCAUCAGCAGAUGCAGCUACAGCUACAACAACAAUACGAGCAACGUCAUCAACUGCAAACAGCCUAUUAUCACCAGCAACAGCAGGCGCCGCCGUCGCAAUCGCAGCAAGAAGACCAAUCAGCAACGUACGUGACGUCACAACAGCCGUCUACACAAUACCAACAUGCGGCGGCCACAACAACAACAGUAAAUCAACAUGCAGCGCCCAGCAACAGACAAGCAACGCAGUCGACAGUCACACACCACACAACGAACAUAUCACAAGCAGCAACAUCAACACAGCAGCAGCAACCUGCAGCAAUGGCGCACGCGUUGACACACGCCACACAGCAACAACAACAACCGUGUCAACGGACGACAUCAGAACGUCUCAUCAUGGCAUAUUUUCUCGCUCCUAUAUUUUUGAAAUUUGGUGCUCCAAAAAUGGAUCAAAUACGACGAAAGGUCGGGAAGUUUUCGAAGAUAUAG